AUGGAGCACUGCCCUGAACUACCAGAUAUUAAACGUGCUCUUGUAGAGUUCUUUGGUACUCUGUCUCGUAAGUGGGCAUUAGGAUGCAUGAAGGACCUUCUGUUAGUGACUCUAAGAGGAAACCUCCAGAUAAUUGUUCAGAUACCUAUUUCUGUUUGGUUGAGCACAAUACGCUUUGUUGCCAAGGAGUAUUCUGAGCAGUUGGGAGUUGAUGCAUGUAUUAAACUCUUUGAGCAAUUCAAGUCAAAUGAAGUGUUAUACUUCCUCCUGGGUUCCCAUUUGAGCUCCAAUGAGGAUCCUCAGAUUCACUUUAGGUACAUUGAGGUAGCUACCAAAACUGGACAAAUCAAGGAGGUUGAGCGUGUGACUAGAGAAUCAAACAUCUAUGAUCCUGAAGAUUAUGCUACUAAACUUUUUUGGCUUUCUCUGGAGAGUCUAGUUGCCUUUUCCUUCACCAGAUUAUGGAAAAUAGGGACUAAACUGAAUGUUGGUGCAAGUUCAAGUAGCAUAUUUGAAACAUUGCAGUUGGGGAAGCCAUUAAUUGUGGUGGUGAAUGAGGAUUUGAUGGACAAUCAUCAAAGGAACUAUUAG